AUGUCCUCCCUCCCUCCGCUCCCCAAAUCACGAAAACCCCUGCCACACUUCAUAAUCGUCGCUAAGACCUCACCCCGACCUUCUGGGAAACGGACGCUAAAGCCCUAGAUCCCCUCACCCCUCGCUCCCAACCAUCUCUAAUGCUCUCAUCUCCAUGGAUUCUAUCAUCUGCUCGGCGUUGGAGGAGAUCUGCGCCCGCGCCGCGGCCGGAAUCCUCCUCCCCGACCUGUGGCCGAGCUUGCGGAACGCCCUCUCCACCGCCGGCCUCCAUCCUUGCGAGCCCGUCAUGAAGGCCAUAUGGGAUCGCCUCCUCGCCCACCCUGGGCUUCGCUUCGAAGCCGAUGGCUCUUCUAUUGGCUCCCAGGAUCCUUCCAUCCAGUCGUUUGAGGUAGCCGAGAAGCUGGGAGUAAAGAUAGUCGCGGAGGAGCACCUCAGGGAUAGUUUUUUGGGGAUCUAUGAUCUCAAAGCUGCUAACCAUGACAUUUCUCAGAUUCAGAGGGCCACACUCGAGCGGGUCGCUGCUGCCAGGACUAAUGGUGUUACUCAGACUGAGCUUGCUAAAGAAUUUGGGAUUAAAGGGAAUAAUUUUUUUUAUGUUGUGAGAAACCUGGAAUAUCAGCAGCUGAUUAUUCGGCAAUCGACUAUGUUAAGGGCGAAAGAAUUAGCAGAUGAGGGAGAAAGUGGGCCAAAAAACACGCAACAUGUGACCACCAAUCUACUACACUUACAUCGUUAUGCAAGAAAUUUGAAUUCAAAUUCUCAACAAAAAAUUGUGAUUACAAAGCCAGGUAUUUUAGGAAGUCUUGAUAAUGCAAAUGGAAGUACUUUGAAAGGAGAUGGAACUCCUGGGGACAGUGUGAAUGAUGAUGUAUCCAUAAAAGACUAUCUACCAGAAAUGAAAGCUAUUUGUGAUAAACUGGAAGAAGCAAGCGGGAAGGUUCUUGUUGCAUCAGAUAUCAAAUUGGCUCUUGGUUAUAGGAAAAGUCCUGGGCACAGGGCAUGGAGAAGUACCUUGAACAGAUUGAAAGAUGCUCACCUUGUUGAAGAAUUUCAAGCAAAAGUUAACAACAGGGUUGUCAGCUGUGUACGCUUAUUAAAGAAAUUUGAUCCUAAAGAUUUUCAGCCAAAAAUAAGCAUGAGUGGGUAUGAUAGUUUUGACUCUGAACACCUGGUUAAACAUGGAAAAAGAGGCCAGAUUACCGAUCAGUUUGUGGAUCUUCCCAUAGAACAUCGUAUAUACGAUAUGGUGGAUGCUGAAGGACAAAAAGGAAUAACCAUUGCUGAGAUUUGCAAACGACUUGGGUUCAAUGCUAAGAAAUUAUAUAACCGAGUUAAUGCUAUGCGUGGAAGGUUUAAAAUGCCUUGGGAGGCUGAGAUUCGAGAUAGGACACCACUUUAUCGCAUUUGGACAUUCAGAAAUUAUCCUCACUGUUCAGCUAUUGCUGAUCCUGGCAACUGCGAAGCGCUUUCUCAUAAGCCUGAGAUUUCUAUUCAAACAAGGGAUUCUUUUCCAUAUGCUGAAUCAUCUUCAACUGUCCAAUUUAAAGAUACUAACUCCACUGAUGAGUUUUUGCACUCAGAGAAAACUGAUGGUAGAUCAGUUUUAUCAGAACCACCUAGCAUCAGUUCUGGAUGUACCAUGAAUUCCCAGGUAAUUAAACAUGGCACAGAGAGUGAGAAUCAAAUCCUUGAUAUUUCAAUCAUAGGUGAUGAUCCAAAGCAUGGUAUGGCACCCAGAUUAAAUGGUCGUCAAUCAGAUAAACAUGUUUCAGUUUCAUCUAUUUUGUCCAAGCUGAAAGCAGUAAAGAGGUAUCCUUGCCUUACAUCAACUUUGGUUGGCAACAGGAGGGAACAAAGGAUACUGAAAAGAUUGAAGAAAGAGAAGUUCAUUUUAAUGUCUGAGCUGUAUAGGUGGCUUGAGGGAUUCGAGAAGAAUAAGCACACAAGGAUGGAUAGGAAAACUCUGACCCGUAUUCUGAAUAAACUUCAACAAGAAGGGCUGUGUAAAUGUGUUCAAGUUAGUAUCCCUGGGGUGACAAACUACAGUCGAACUCGUCUAACAGAGGUUAUUUUGCACCCUUCUGUAGAUAAUUUAUCAUCAGAAAUUUUGGCUCGAAUUCAUAAGAGACACAGAGAUUUUGACAAGCAUGUUCGUGGACAAGGGUCAGCUAGAUCAGAGAAUGGUAAAUCUGUCAUUUCACUAACUAGUUUGAAGCCAUCAAAUCGUGCAGAGAACAAACCUGUGAUAUUUGAUGCUAUACGUGCUAACGGAUUUGUUCCUGCAAAGAUGAUCCGAGCAAAACUUUUGCAUAAAUUUUUGUGGGGUUAUUUGAGUGAUUUACCUGAUUGGGAUAAUGCUUUUAAUUCUAACAAAUAUGGGUAUGAUCUAAAAAAUCCUCACAGCACAUGCCAGUUGUUUGUUCUGGAUGAAGCUGUAAAGACAAUGCCGCUUGAACUGUUCUUACAGAUUGUUGGGUCUCCAAAAGAGAUUGAUAACAUGGUAGAGAAAUGCAGACUUGGAUUAAGGAUUUCAGAUCUUCCUGUCCAGGAGUACAGACACCUGAUGGAUACUCAGGCAACUGGACGUCUCUCAUGUAUAAUUAAUAUUUUACUUCGGUUGAAGUUGAUUCAACUAGUGAGAGAAGAAUCUGCAAAAGAUGCAACUGCCCUUGCACAUGCUAUCCUUACACAUGCUUUGGAGCUUAAACCUUACAUUGAAGAACCUUGGUCAACAACCCUCCGAUCUUCACAUGUCAAGGUUGAUCUUCGUCCUAGAAUUCGACAUGAUUUCAUCCUUUCAAAGCAAGAUGCUGUUGAUGCAUAUUGGGAAACCUUGGAGUACUUCUAUGCUGCAGCUGAUCCAGCUGUUGCUUCACACGCAUUCCCUGGUUCUUCUGUUCGUGAGCUGUUUCAUUUCCGUUCAUGGGCUUCAGUUCGAAUUAUGAGUGCUGAACAACGCAUGGAGUUGCUUAAGCGUGUAAAAGAUGUUGAACCAGGGAAGAAAAUUUCAUUCAAAGAUUGUGCAAAGAUUGCUCGGGAGUUGAACCUUACGCUAGAACAGGUGCUUCGUGUCUCCUAUGAUAAAAGACAAUCCCGACUUCAAAGAAAUUCUAGUAGAUCAAGAUCCAAAAUGCAGGAAAACCAUAUGGAUAUAGAUAAUUGUGGGUCAUCUGGUCAAAAAAGAAAGAGAUCUUCAAAAUAUGUGUCUCUGAAGCAUACUCAAGAUGCUAAUGAAACUACAGAAUCAAGCAGACAAACAAUUUCUGUUACAUCUAUCGCUGACGAGAAAACCAAGGGAAGAAAUACUUUUACUUUAGAUGCUAGUGGAAACCAUGAUUGCCACUUGCCAGCAGGUAGAAAUAAUAUUCAUGUCAAUGCUACAGUAGACUCUGAGAUGCAUGAGGAAGAUGGUAUAAAAUGUGCUUUCAUCAGCCAAUGUACCAUUCCAAAGAGAAAGCGCAAGCGUAGGAAAAGGUUCUCAUGGACUGACAGUUCGGAUAGGCAGCUAGUGAUGCAAUAUGCAAGACAACGUGCAAUCCUUGGAGCAAGAUUUUAUCGUGUUGACUGGCCUUCACUUUCUGAUCUUCCGGCACUUCCAGGCACUUGUGCAAGACGAAUGGCUAUACUAAAUAGUAACUUAAACAUUAGGAGAGCUGUGAUGAGAUUAUGUAAUCUUCUGGCGGAACGGUAUGCGAGCUAUCUUGAUACAGUACGGAGAACACAGGAAAAGGAAUCUCUUACUCAAAAUUUAUCUUCUACUCAUGAAAAUAAGUUUGAGACAAAUUUCCAGCAACACUCUUGGGAUGAUUUUGAAGAUCCAGACAUAAAGAUCGCAGUUGAUGAAGUCCUUCGAUACAAAAGGAUAGCAAAGAUGGAGUAUGCAACGAGGAUUGGUUCUAGGCAUGGAAAGGAGUGGCCAGAUGUUCCUAAGACUGAUGGGACAAGUUCAAACGUCCAAGAACCUCUGCAGGCAGCAGUUCCUGGCGAUGGAAAUCAGGACUACGUUGAUAGAUGUAAAAAUGUCAAUAUUAUUUCAACAACUAAACGAAGUGGGGCAAGUUCUCAUUGCUUUCGAGGAAAGUUUUUCAAGAUUUUGAAAAGCAGAGGUGGCAUCAUCAGAAGGAAAGUGCGUGAAUCAUUAACAAUUGCCAAUGCCGUUGAGCUCCUGAAACUGGUCUUUCUAAGCGCCUCUGCAGCGCCAGAAGUGCAAAACUCAUUAGCAGUAACUCUGCAUCUGUAUUCUGAGCGUGAUAUAUUUGCAGCAUUUAACUAUCUCAAAGAAAGAAACUUCAUGGUUGCUGGGCAUGGAAUUCGACCAUUUGUCUUAUCCCGGAAGUUCUGGCAUGAUGCUUCUUCUUCUCCCUUUCCAAUUGACUCGGGAAAAAGGGCUGCUGAUUUUUCAAGUUGGCUUACUAAGCAAGAAAAAAAUCUAAGGGAGAGUGGGGUUAAUCUUACUGAAGAUUUACAAUGUGGGGAAAUUUUUCGCCUGUUCGCUCUUGUUUCUUCAGGAGAACUCUUUGUUUCACCAGUCGUGCCAAAGGAAGGAGUUGGUGAGGCUGAUGAGCCGAACAAUUCAACAUCUUCCUUUCCAAUGGAGGACACAAAUGAGGUUGAUGAUCCAAAAGUUUUAAAACGUAAAAGUGAUAAAGUAAAAUUAAGCACUAGUGAGAAGUUUAAGAAACAGAAAACUCAAGUGAGAAUAGAUACUAAUUUGUGUUCUCGUCGAGAGAAAGGGUUUCCUGGCAUCAGAGUCAUUCUCAACCGUGCAACAUUUUCAAGAGGUGAUGCAGUUCAGUGCUUUACAGAUAAGCAUGACCUUGCUUGUUCUUUAUCAUAUGAUGAGAACAAUCAAGGAAACUCCCAUACUGUAGAAACAGUUGGUAUUCCAUAUUUGUCAGAAAAUUCAGUCUCAUGUCAGAAUUUUGUUGGUAUCAUCCAAUCAGCUGUGCCCCAUAAUGAGUUUCCUUGGGAUGCUAUGGCUACGUAUGCUGUGCAGAUGUCAUCAGUUUUUGUUGGUGGGGAUGAAGCAAUUACCAUUUCUCACGAGCUCUUUAAGUCCGUGCAUUCUGCUAUUUGCCAAUCUGGCGAACAAGGAUUAGAGAUGGAAGAAAUUUCUGAAAUCACGAAAGUACAAGGGGUGCAAUUGGCUGAAACAAUUGUGGACACUCUCGAAGUAUUCAAGUUAGUUAUUAAGGUCAAUGCAUAUGACAGCAUCCGGAUAGUUGAUUCUUCAUAUAGAUCAAAGUAUUUUAUAAGCACGCUCGCAGAUCUCAAUCAAGUCCAUGAUUUGUCAUCUUACAUGAAGUCUCAAAUAGCUUGUUAUGAAGCAUCUCGACAAUUGUUGCAAGAAAAGCGAGAUAGUAUUGAUCAUUCUCAGGAGACUAGCGUGAACCUUUGUGAUGGGCAUAAAGUAACCAUUCUUGAUGUGCCUAGCAAGCCUGCUGUACCUCACAUUGAAGGCCAAAACAUUGAAGGUAGUAGCACGGUUGGUGAAAUCAUUCAGGGUGCAGCUGUUCAGGUGCAAAGGAAAAACACUGAGGACAGCAAAUGGCCUGCCACCUGUGUUUCACAUGCAUCUAGACCUAUAUUACCAUGGAUUAAUGGAGAUGGCAGUACAAACUCCAUCGUAUACAAGGGUCUUACACGUCGAGUUCUUGGCACUGUCAUGCAAAAUCCUGGUAUCAUGGAGGAAGCUAUUAUCAAUCGAAUGGAUGUUUUAAAUCCUCAGAGUUGCAGAAGUCUCUUGGAAAUGAUGGUUCUAGAUAACCACCUUAUGGUGAGGUUGAUGCAUCAAACUACUACAUCUGGUCCUCCAGCGAUAUUGCAAGACCUUUUCCGUUCCAAGUUAUGUAAAUCAGAAUCAGUGUCCCGAAAACAUUUUUUCGCUAAUCCAAUGAGUACACACCUACUUUAAUUGGCUAAUUAUUAUUAAUGUUUUCUCUUAAAGUUUUGUAUAAUUGUUCUGCUUUUUAGUUGGCUCAAGGCAAUGUAGAUAUUAAAAGAUGAUUUGCGUUAUGUUACAAAAGUUUCCAGAUUGCUGCUGCCUUUACCACUA